UUUCUGUUCCCUCUCCUUUUAAAGAGAAAGAGCAGCAGCCCAAUCUUCAAAAGCUCAACCGUAACAACACUCUCCUUCUACUACUGAAAAUUUUUGGGCGUUUGGUUUCGUUUCGUUUCUCGGUGCCUUUCCUCUCUUCUCCACAGCUCAGAAACCGGGCUCGGGAUUCGGCAAACAUGGAUGGAGGUGCAGCAUACAACCCUCGGACUGUGGAAGAGGUUUUCAGGGACUUUAAGGGCCGUCGUGCCGGAAUGAUUAGAGCUCUCACCACCGAUGUCGAAGAAUUUUAUCAGCAGUGCGACCCUGAGAAGGAAAACCUCUGCCUAUAUGGGUUCCCUAAUGAACAGUGGGAAGUUAAUUUGCCUGCUGAAGAAGUACCUCCAGAGCUUCCGGAACCAGCAUUGGGCAUUAACUUUGCUAGAGAUGGGAUGCAAGAAAAGGAUUGGCUAUCCCUUGUUGCCGUUCAUAGUGACGCAUGGCUUCUUGCCGUGGCUUUCUAUUUUGGUGCUAGAUUUGGCUUUGAUAAAUCUGACAGGAAACGCCUUUUUACAAUGAUAAAUGACCUACCCACGAUAUUUGAGGUUGUGACUGGAAACGUGAAGAAACAGGGAAAAGAUAAAUCAUUAGUCACAAAUAACAGCAGCAACAAAUCCAAGACGGGCUCAAAAGGGCGAGGAUCUGAAUCAAGCAAAUUUCCCAAGGGGUUGGCAAAAGAUGAGGAUGAGGGAAUGGACGAGGAAGAUGAAGAGGAGCACGGGGAGACCUUAUGUGGGGCGUGCGGAGAGAAUUAUGCGUCGGACGAGUUUUGGAUAUGUUGCGACAUUUGUGAGAAGUGGUUUCAUGGCAAGUGUGUGAAGAUCACUCCUGCAAGGGCCGAACAUAUCAAGCAGUACAAAUGCCCCUCGUGCAGCAAUAAGAGAGCUCGGCCCUGAUAAUAAUCUGUUAACUUUAUUGAUGUUGGAUUAAAGCUAACUUGUAGUCAGUCCAGUGUUAAUCCAUGUUCCCAUCCCACAGGGUAUGCAUUAAAUGCUUUGUCUUGGAACCUUGUUCAUUCGGAUAAUUCAAAGGUUAUGGAAAUGUAUUUUAUGUAGGAACCUGUCGGCAAUGGAGUAUGAAACAUUCUAAUUUAACUUGUUUAAUUGUUUAA